AUGGAAGAAAAGCAGGUAAUGCUCCAGAAGUUAUUAAAGGUUACAUAUUUAUCUGUCCAAAAGUUUGGUAAUUCAUUAAAUGAAACGUCUCCUGAUAAAAUAUCUGAAAAAAUAACCAAACUACUCGAAUACCUUCAAAAGAAAGAGGAGGAGUGCCAGAAAAUAGAAGAAGAGAAGAAAACACAAGAGCAAAUAGAGAAAGAAAAAAUAAAAAACGAAAUGGUUAUAGAGCUGGCUAGUUUUCUGGGAAAAAGAGGGUUUAUAAAUACGGCCCAGGCAAUAAAGGAGAAGUAUCCGAUAAAAGCACUAGUAGACAUCCAACCAUAUAAAGAAGCAAAGGAAUCAGUAAAAAAUGCGCUAGCAAUAAAAUAUUAUAAAAAAUCAGGAAAGUCGCAUAACAUACCAAUUGUUGACACCCCAGAUAAUUCAGUCAGAAUGACAGUUCUCUGCCGAGAAGUUAUACGGCUAUGUGAAGCAAAAACAAAUAAUAAGAAAGAAGUAUGUAAAUUUAUAAAAAAGCACCGAGAAAAUCUGCCAAAGAAAAUUCUUUCUCUUGUGGUGCUUCCAAGUGCUUCUACUCUUUUUGCGCAUAUUGCAGAAGAAUACAAAGAAUGCGCAAUAUCUGCACCUCUGCUAAUGAGCUUGGUCUAUAAAAACAAAUCAACCAACAAUUAUUUUUACCAAAGAGUGGCGCUUGGCAUUUCUGGGUUUAUUACUCCCGUGUGCCGAGAGAAAGAAAAGGCAGACUGCCCAGGGUGCACAAAGAGUAUUGCAAAGCUAGCAGAGCACUGCCCGAAAAGUACUAGAAGUAGUAGUAGAUUACUAUGCAGUACAUUCAGAACAGUAAUUCCAUCGAACCACGCAACAUACGUAUCAAAAAAGGGGGAUGUGUUCAGUGAGUAUGCCACUCGAACAGAAAAAUUGAAAACCACACUGAAAAAGUGCUAUUUUGUAUAGUGCAAAACUAAAAUUAUCACAUCCUUAUCUCAUUCCAAUAUAUGAUUUAUUUAGUCUUUUUGGAAGUAGUUGGGGUUGGCCUUGUAUAACUGUACGUAUACGUGGGUUCCAAUAAAACUGGCACAAAGGUUCUUCUCAAAUCUAGCUCUAACAAUUCCAGAGUUACCGUGUACUCUAUGUAUGUAUCCCAUAACAACUCUUUCCUUGUAUCCAGA